CAACAAAGGAGGCUGUGGGGCUCUUCUGGCUGCUCCAGGCAUCUACGACCCACCUCCCCAGCCUUGGGAGAGUCGGUGAGAUAAGCUAUGGAAGGACCCAGAGCUGUGUGGGCCCCAGAGAAGACGGCGAUCCCAUCCUCUUCCUCACUUUCUUCCCAUCAGCCCAGGAGCCAGAGGCUGUGAAGGUCACGACCUUGUCUGGAGGCUCUUGGGAAACCUCGUCCUUGGACCGUCGGGACUUCUGGGAUGUCAUUCCCAAUGUGUGGCCUUCACACCCCAGCCUUUGGGAAUGGGAACAGGGCAGAGUGACUGUGAGAGAAAAAUAAGAGACGCAGAAAGAAGAGAGAGGGGAGGAGGGGGUGGCAUCCUCCUCUGGAGCCCAUGGGUGGGUCUCAGGGCUGUGAGGAGCUGGCACGACCACACUGGCCUCCUUCCAGGCUCCCUGGGGGACACCCCCACCACACUCACUCUUCUGGGGCCUGUCCCCCCUUCCUCCCUCGCUUCCCCCUUUCUCUUGGCCCCUUCACCAUUCUCUCUCCUGCUUAUAUGCUGUCUCUCUCUUUUAUAUUCCAGCCCCUUGUCUGCCUCCCCUCCUCCUGUGUCACAUAGGGACCCCACCCCACACACUCGCACAGUGCCGACCCUGUGCCCUUCUAUCAGGCCCCCCCAGGGGAAGUCUGCGAUGCAGCGUGCCCGUCUCACACCACGCAGGGCCAAACCCUGCUGGAUUCAGGAAACGGAAGACCCUCAGAUCCUGGAACUGCUGGGUGCCCCGCCUGCCUCAAGCUCUGCAGACCUGUGGGGGUCCCUGGUGAGGAGAUGCUGCUGGAGCUGGGGUCCUGUCUGCUGCUGGCAGUGGCACUGCUGAACCCAGGGCCCAGGGCCCAAGCCAUGAAAGGUUUCAAAUGUGGGGGUGUGCUCUCGGCACCUUCCGGAAACUUCUCCAGCCCCAACUUCCCCAGGCUCUACCCCUACGACACGGAGUGCAGCUGGCUGAUCGUGGUGGCCGAGGGCUCCUCUGUGCUGCUCACCUUCCACACCUUUGACCUGGAGUUCCACGACACCUGCGGCUUCGACUUCCUGGAGAUCUACAACGGGGCUGCAGGAGACAAGGGCAACCUGCUGGGGAGGUUCUGCGGCCGGGUGCCCCCGCCCCCGUUCUCCUCUGCCUGGCAUGUCAUGUCUGUCGUCUUCCACUCCGACAAGCACGUGGCCAGCAGGGGCUUUUCCGCAGGCUACCAGAAAGAUGUGUGUGGCGGCGUCCUGACGGGCCUGUCAGGGGUCCUCACCAGCCCCGAGUACCCUGACAGCUACCCCAACAACGUGGAAUGCCACUGGGUGAUCCGGGCUUCCGGCCCCGCCACCGUCAAGCUGGUGUUCGUGGACUUCCAGGUGGAGGCCAACGAGGAGUGCACCUACGACUACGUGGCUGUGCUGGGGGGCGCUGGCCCUGCCCGUGGGCGCCCCUACUGUGGCAGCGCCAGGCCCCCCACCCUUCUGUCCCUGGGCCACGAGCUGCAGGUGGUCUUCAAGUCUGACUUCAAUAUCGGAGGCCGGGGCUUCAAGGCCUACUACUUCUCAGGAGAAUGCCAGGAGGUGUACACAGCUGUGCGGGGCAACUUCUCCAGCCCACAGUACCCCAGCUCCUACCCCAACAACAUCCGGUGCCACUGGACCAUCCGCCUGCCUCCCGGCUAUCGGAUCAAGGUGUUCUUCCUGGACCUGGAACUGGAGGAGCCCAACAGCCUGACCGGGGCCUGUGACUUUGACCAUCUGGCAGCCUUCGAUGGGGCCAGUGAGGAGGCGCCCCUGCUGGGGGACUGGUGUGGCCACCACCUGCCACCACCCGUCACCUCGAGCCGCAACCAGCUCCUGCUGCUGCUGCACACGGACCGCAGCACCACCCACAGGGGCUUCUCCGUGGCCUACAUCGGAGUGGUACCCGUGAAUGUGAGCUGCUCCCGCACGGACUUCCAGAUCCUGAUCUCCGCACAGGCGCUGGCCCCGCUGGAGCGCACCAGGGUCUACCUGGGCAGCCGGAGCUGUGCAGCCCAGGAAGUCGGCGGCCACUUCAGGAUCCAGGCCCGCUUUGACACCUGUGGCACUGAGUCUCAGAGAAGAAACAACACCUCGGUGAUUGUCAGCGUGCUGUACAUCGACUUCUCGGCUGGCGGGCAGGAGGACAUCCAUGAGUACGAGGUCCGCUGCGAGCCACGGCGGAAGGAGGCAUCUGUCCACCUGUUGUCUGGCUCCGACUGGCUUGGGCCCUAUGCGGCCACCGCCGAGCACCUUCAGGAAGCACCGCCCAGGGCCGAGGCAGAGGCCCUGGAGGGCCCGGUGGCCGUGGUGACCCAGGACACCAGUGACAUCAUCUUUCUGGGUCUCUGCAUCUUGGCUGGAGUUCUCAUGGUCAUUGCUAUCGUGGUCCUGAUGCUGCUGUGAGCGGAAGGGUAGGGACUGGCACCUGGCGUCCCUGGGAGGCGGCUCGGGGACCCCACCCCAGGGGCAGGACAGGAUCUUGCUGAUUUGUUGGUAACCAUGGGGAGGUCACUGCCCCUCUCUACACCUCAGUUUCCUAGGGACGAUGACCUUGCUCUGGCUACCUCACAGGGCUUAAGGCUCAGAGAAGAACGCAGAUGGAUAAGAGCUCUGUAAACUGUCGCAUGCCAUGUACAUGUAUGCAAUACUGUUGUUGUUGUUAUUAUUAUUAAUUUUAAGGAUAUUCCGCUGUAGAAAAGAACUCUCCUGUGUGUGAUAUUGUCAGUUUGGAUAGUUGUAUUCACUGAUGACAGAGUGUGGAUAAAACUGACUCAUUCUAUAACUUGUGUGAGGGUUUCACCAACUCAAGGUAUAGACAGGGACAGCUCUUGUUUUUCCAAGUAGUUGCUCAUCCCAGCUUCCAUUAGCAGGAAGUCCAGUACCCACCCAGGGGAGUCCACUUUCUUGAAUUGACCCAGGAACCUUGAGGACUUUGUCCAAAGCAGGCCAAUCCUGCCUCCAAACUCCAGGCACAGAGAAAUGGAACUGUAAGCCCAUCUGGUACUGUCAUUUCAGUCCCUGCCACAUGGUGGCACUGUUGACAAUUGGUCCUGCACAUCCUGGUGGAUGCUUGUGCUCCGAGAUGGUGGUGAUACCCUGUUGGGUCAGAUCCCUGUAUAAACCAGUUUGGCCCCACACUCUGCUCAGUAGUAAGGCUAGAGGCUGAGAGCUGGUGUCUUUCUUUCAUGUUGGAGAUUUCCCCUCAAGUUUCUUGUGUUCUUUGACUGCAAAGCUGAUGGACGUUCCAUGUGUCUCUUGCCCCUAGGAUUGAGCCCAGAUCACCAGCUCAUCUUUGCCUUCCAGUUGAGUCCUCUUUGGAGCCUCUGUGCAUCCUCCUGCCAUUGGACUCCCCUCUAGCUACUCCAGUCUGCUCAGAGCUCUUCCAGUCUUUCUUUCAAGUUCACAUCACAGGGAGCAGGGGUUGGGUUCCCAACCCUUCUCCAUAAGACCUUGGGGAUCCUUAUACUCAUUGGUCCACUCCUUCCCAGAAUUCUAUGUACCAAGAAGUGGAGCAAUUUUGUUAAUGAAAAAUAAAAUGUUAAACAAAUAUAAAUUUACA